CGCGUUUGAGAAUACGACAAAUAGAACCGCUGGAGUCACCGAAAAAGUGUUUCUAAGGUUUCCUAUUCUAUCUAGAUACAACACUUCCAAUUCCAAUUUCUUGAAUCUAACAACAAUUCACACUCAACAGGUAUAUCCUUUAAUUUCUCUUCAAUUCAACAAUUCAAUUCGAUUCAUAUUCAUCCAUUUGAUUAAUUCAUAAUUCACAUGGAAGACAAAUCAAAUAUCACUCUGAAGAUCAAGACUGAGGAUGAAAAACCAGGUGAUGUGAAGGAAGAUAAGAGCGAGUUAGAAGUAGAACUGAAGGUGAAGAACAAAUCAGUAGAGAAAAAGAAAAAACAUAAGGAUGAAAAGAAAGUAGAUGAUUCAGAACAUAACCGUGAGAAUAAACACGGUGAUGAGGACGAAAAGGAUAAGAAGAAAAAGGAAAAGAAAGAAAAAGAUGACAAAAGUGGCACACAAAGGCACAAAGAGAAAAAUGGCAAGGACGGCGAGGAGAGUACCGAAAAGAAAGAAAAGGUGAAGAGUAAGGAAAAUAAAGGCAAGGGCGAAGUAGUUGCCGAUGAUAAAAAGGGAAAAGAGACCAAAGAUGAUGAUGGUAACGAAGAGAAAAAGAAGGAUGAGAAGAAGAAGAAGAAGAAGAAAAAGGAGAAAGACGAAGAAAUCGUAACAAAGGUGAAUAAGGGGAAGGAAGAUGGAGGUGAGGAAAGUGAAGAGAAGAACGAAAAAAGCAAAAAGGAGAAGAAAAAGAACAAGGAUGAAGCUGUGGAGACGUUGAAGGGAAAGGGAGAAGAGAAUGAGAAGACGAAUAAGAAGGAUAAGAAAGAAAAAGAAAAGGAUGAGAAAGUCAAGCCAAAGAAAGACGAUGAAAAAACCGAUGAAGGAGAAAAGAAGAAGGAUAAGAAAAAACACAAGGAUGAAGAUGUGGAGACAUUGAAGGAAAAGGGAGAAGAGAAUGAUGGUGAAGAGAAUAAGAAGACAAAGAAGAAGGAUAAGAAAGAAAAAGAGAAGGACAAGGAUGGGAAAAUCAAGCCAAAGAAAGACGAUGAUAAAACCGAUGAAGGAAAAGAGAAGAAGGAUAAGAAGAAAAAAGAAAAAAAAGACAAGGGUGAGGAAGAAGAGGGUGAGAAAGACAGUAAAAAAGCAAUCAUAAAGAAAGAGAAGAAACCUGAAGAUAAAGAGAAAGGUAAAGAUGACAAGGAAGAUGAAGUUGUUUCGAGGGAGUUAGUCGAACAAAAGAUUGACGACGAAGACGACAGAGAUGAAGUGAAAGAGAAGAACAAAAAAGAAGAUAAGGACAAAGGUGGGAAGAAGAGAAAGUUAACUGGAAAAGACAAGUCCAAGGAUCUCAGCAAGCUGAAGCAAAAGCUUGAAAAGAUCAAUGGCAAAGUAGAAGCACUUCUUGAACAAAAGGCAGAGAUAGAAAAACAGAUAAAAGAAGCAGAAGAUGAAGGUAAUGUAGUGGUGGAGAAGACCAAAGAUGCGGUUGAGUAGUUUUUCAGGAUAUGCUUUAUUUGUUUGCAUACAUUGUAUAAUAAUAAAUCUGAACUAGUUGAAUGGUUUUAUGUCAAUAAACAAAUGGUACAUGUGUGCUGAAUUUCAUGUUUCAUCCAUUUCGAUUUCAUUCUCAA